AUGUCUAGGCCGCUUAAAGCUGAUGAGUCCCAUGUUCACAAAAUAAUCGGAUCAAAGGUAGGACUGGAGGAAGUCGAGGGGAUCGAGGACGCAUCCAUCAUCACCAAAAACAUAAAGUACUCCAUAGAAAGACCUAUGGUUUACAAGAUAAAGGGAACUGAGUCUCUUCUUAUACUUGGAAGCCAAGGAAGGCCUAUGGAUCUCGACAAGCUCAGGAAGAUGUACGAAGACAGCAUCAGAGGCGCCAAGGACCAGGGCAACGAAAUCACAGGGUUGUACAGCGAGAUUACUAGCGACCAGGAGGGUGAAGAUAAAAAUGAACUGCCCCAGGCUUCCCACGAAACUACAGACGAGAGGAUAUCUGAAGAGGAUAUAAAGCUGAUUAGCUCACAGAUAAAAGCCUCGAGAGAGGAGAUAAUCAGCGCACUUGUCGAAUCUAACUAUGAUGUUGUUGAUGCAAUGAUGAAAUUAACUAAGUAA